CCGCCCCAUCCCGCGGCUCAGCUCCUCCGCUGUGCGUGCGAGGGACGUCAGGGGCGGCGCCGCAGCAGUUACCCCUGGUAACGGGGGAGGCAGGAGGAGGAGGAGGAGGCGGAGGAGGAGGGAUUCGGCUUGAGGAUGGGCUUGCUCUCUAUUUUGCGCAAAUUGAAAAGUGCACCAGACCAGGAGGUGCGAAUCCUCCUCCUGGGCUUGGACAACGCUGGCAAGACUACCCUGCUGAAGCAGCUUGCAUCCGAAGACAUCAGUCACAUCACACCUACGCAGGGAUUUAACAUCAAAAGUGUACAGUCACAAGGUUUUAAACUGAAUGUUUGGGACAUUGGCGGACAGAGGAAAAUCAGACCAUACUGGAGAAGUUAUUUUGAAAAUACUGAUAUUCUUAUAUAUGUAAUUGACAGUGCAGACAGAAAAAGAUUUGAAGAGACGGGUCAGGAACUCACGGAAUUACUGGAGGAAGAAAAGCUGAGCUGUGUGCCAGUGCUCAUCUUUGCUAACAAGCAGGAUCUGCUCACGGCAGCUCCGGCCUCAGAGAUUGCAGAAGGGCUAAACCUACACACCAUCCGGGACCGCGUCUGGCAGAUCCAGUCCUGUUCCGCUCUCACAGGCGAGGGUGUCCAGGAUGGCAUGAACUGGGUCUGCAAGAAUGUCAACGCAAAGAAGAAAUAAGAUGGAGCCGGAUGGCGGCGCGGAGCUGCGGGCGCUGAAGUCGGCCUGAGAAACACGGCUGCUGCUUUCUGACCAAAUGCUUUUCCAUCUGUGCACAGACACAGCUGGGUGGCGGAGAGGGGACAGCAGCUUUAGAAGAUUCCCCAUUCCAGCAGUAGAUUUUAACUGAUCUCAGAGGUUCGGUAUCAUUUUUCAAAUAAAGGAAUUAUAUUAUUUCCUCUGCAUAA